GUACGGCAGCAGACACCCGGCAACGGGCGGCUCAGAACCCGCCCCGCCAGCGGCAGCCGUUGGCGCGACAGGGCGUGCGACCUGGCACAGGUAGGGGUGGCACCCCCCCCCUCAAGACCUGGCACGGCCCUGGGCACAGCUAUAAUACCCCGAUGGUUCAUCCACGAGGUCUGCGUUCCACAAUACUUCCUUUAUCCUUAACCGUAUGUGUGCAACCCUGUCUUUGUCUAAGUGACUGGCGCAUUACUGCUGCUAUUCCCUAUUGUAGAAAAAUAGGCAGCAGGUAAAACUCGGCCGGAGCGAGAAGCGACCUCGCGCGUCCAUGGACUUUAAAUGACUGGCGACUGUGGCGACUCGUUGCGAGGUAAAGGGCCCGAGGCGCCCGAGGGCCUAAAUAAGUGGCGUGCUGCGCAGGAACAAACUCGGGGCCUGCCGGUGCCCAAGCGCAACAUGGCUUCCGUGCUCGAGAAGAUGCGCAACAUACAUCCCCAAGGUGGUCACCAUGAUUCUCGCACUGGAGCACGGCGCCACCAUCCUGACGCCGCAUCUGCAGGGUUUCGUGGUGGCGGCCAAGGGUACCAUUCCAUCCCUGCUGGAGGUGCCCAUCCUCCAAACUGCUGGUCUCAUGGACAUCGACACGGCCCCGGGGGACGAUCUGUGGCCGAACGGGGUGUCCUGUCCCGGCACCAGUUCAUCGUGUGUGCACGCCGCCAAGCUGACGGUGGUCAGCCUGCUGCGCGAGGUGCUAUACGCGCUCAAGGCGCUUUGCGUCCCGGAGCGGCCGGGGCAGUGGUCGCGGGCCAACCUGGAGUUGGUGCACGCAGCACUUGGGUGUGGGCCGUGGGGCUCGAGGACAGCCUGAUCCAGCGCCUGGCCACGCUGGCGGUCAUCCUCGGCGAUGUCUGCCUGGGGGAUGCCUGUGACGAUGCCUGCCAUCUUGCGAAGUACAUGUUCCCGCAUGUGCUGUUCUGUGAGACCGUGCGGGCCGUGCACGACGUGGUGCGCAGCAGCACCGAAGUCACGCUGGCGUACUUGGCGUCUGCCGGCCCGGGUGCGGCAGGUGCCCUUGGAGUGGGCAGCGCGGGCAGCGGCGCCUUCCGCGCCGGGAUGCUGGCGGCGGGCAAGGACCCGAGCGACCCCGCCGCGGUGGCGGCCGCCAAGGGUAGCAGCGCGGGCAGCGGCGCCUUCCGCGCCGGGAUGCUGGCGGCGGGCAAGGACCCGAGCGACCCCGCCGCGGUGGCGGCCGCCAAGGGUAGCAGCGCGGGCAGCGGCGCCUUCCGCGCCGGGAUGCUGGCGGCGGGCAAGGACCCGAGCGACCCCGCCGCGGUGGCGGCCGCCAAGGCUGGGCGGGUCCAUGACGGCAGGCCCCAUCUGGGCGGCUUCUACUUGACCUGCAAUGUGAAGAGCUGCAAUCACCGGCAGUUCACCAGUGCCAGUUCACCAGUGCCUGUUCACCAGUGCCAGCCCGCCCCCAACCUCCACUGCUGCGUUGUCCGCUACAGAACAGCCGCCGACCUGGGCACGUAGGUUGGGGUCAGCGAAUUAAUCCGUCAAGUCGGCUUCCUCGCCUAUCCCCAACCUGCACCUUAGAGGCCACGCCCCUUCCUUUCUUCGACGAUGACGCUCACGGCGACUUCCUCAAGGCGUGCUUGAGCGCCUCCUCCUUGGACAUGGAGUACGUCUUCUUCACACCGCACUUCUCACAUGUGCGUGGGAACAUCACCUUGUCCACGUGCCCAUCACCAACACGGUUCUGCAGGAGGUGCUCAUCAACCGCGAAGUGGUUGCUUGGGAGGCCGCGGCUGCUGCAGAGCGGGAUAACGGUGGGGCGGCAGAAGUGCACAAGGCGGUGCAGAGCGCUGUGGAGAGUGGUUGGCGAGCAUUUGCGAACUCAGCCGCGUCGUUUGAACCGUGGCUGCAGCGGCAGGGGCUGGAGCCAGGGCAUGACCCUUGGCUGGUCGCCGGGUUCCAAACCCAGCGCAAUGCAUGGGACGGCUGGGAGUUUGCCGGCUUCCUGCGCACGGACG